AUGAACCCUUAUGAGAAACGCGAUCCAAUCACCAAAUUACCAAUUUUGCGUAAUGGUAGCUCUGCGCUGCGAAACAAAGGAAAGUGGUUGUACCAAAUAAAUAAAAAAAUUCCAAUCAGCUCUUAUGAUGUCGCAAUUACUAUGUUCACUAAUAAUAUCUGCCCAGAAGGUUUAAAGAUCGCAAAAUCUAAAUGUAUUAAUAUUGGAUUAGCUUGUACAAGCUGCGCUUGUUAUACAGAAGACCACUAUAACAUUACGUACAAAGUUGGUUUUGUACAAGAUUUAGGUAAUUACUGGGGUAUUCAAACUGCCGCGCAUGAAUUAGGACACUUAUUUGGUAGCUAUCAUGAUAACAUAACUGAAAAUGGAUGUAGAAAUGAAGAUAAUUACAUUAUGGCUACAAGUAAUUGGAAAACAGAAAACUCAUUUGACUGGUCGAAUUGUUCCAUUUCCCAAAUGAAUAGUUUUUUUAAGUAA